GCUAUCACCAGAUGCUAACAACAACAAAACACGUACACUCACUCGCGCCACACAUACGGACACCCUCCCGAGCUUGUUUGAUACACAGAGACCCAUCGAGGGCUUUAAUGUAUGAUCGGUGUGACAGUGGCCAUGUCAGCAGGCCACAUAGACAGCCAGUCACCCUGUGUGAGGCAGGACCACAUUUACGCAGCGUCCUGUUCACAAUACAUACAAAAAAAACUGCCAUUAAUAAAUGACUGUCAGAAAUCCUAAGUAUCUGUUGGCUUAUGGAAGCAUGUGUGUUUCCCACCAGUGUAGGUCAGAGGCAGCUGCUGUGUUUGGCCCGAGCUCUGCUGAGGAAGACCAAAAUCCUGGUUUUGGAUGAGGCCACAGCUGCUGUGGACAUGGAGACAGACAACCUGAUCCAGUCCACCAUCCGCUCACAGUUUGACGACUGCACCGUCCUCACCAUCGCUCAUCGCCUCAACACCAUCAUGGACUACUCCAGGAUCCUGGUGUUGGACAAGGGAGAGAUGGCAGAGUUUGACACCCCUUCCAAUCUCAUUGCUCAAAGAGGAGCAUUCUACAAAAUGGCCAAGGACGCCGGGCUGGUGUGAAGCAGGAGGCUCCUCACUGUCCAGAAUCGCCUCUGAGCCACCACAGCUCCUCUGCCGUCCUGCAAUUAGGUCCUGAAAUAAAGAGGAGGGAGAUAAAGUGAGGAGUUGUUCUACACUUUGGAACAACUGUGUUUGACUAUUAAAGAAAGGGUGUUAAUGAGAACAAGGGUUUUAGUUGGACAUGUUCCAACACUGCUGGUCCUUCUAGCAUUGGUAAGCAAUACUGAAGUCAGAAGACGACAUCAAGUAUGUUGUCUUUUAAAUACAAAAUCAUAUAGUGCCAAAGACUGCAUUCAAACAUCCCAGUUGUUUUCAAAUGCAGUUGUCCCAGUUCCAUAAUAUAUAGUUAGAACAUACAACAUUUCAUCUAUAUUAAUCGUUUGGACUAUGCUGUUUUUUACAGUUACUAUUGAAGAAAUCAACUACUUUACAGUUUCAUGCUAACUGUAACUGUAAAGUUUCAUGCUAACUGUAACCUGCACUCAGUGUAACGGAUAAGGCAGACAUUAUCAUAUCAUUUCUUAUAUGAAGGAAAAUAUAAAACAUCCAAGAGCUUAUCUGUAAAGCAGGUGUCGUAGGGCACAUUAAAGUUGACUCAAAUCAAUUUAUAAUCAGUAGUGAGUGGAACUGGGACUCAGCUGAUUCUUGGACCUUAUAGCUACCAAAGCUAGCUGAAAUAGGGCAAUGCACUUGUUUCUUAUAGUUGAAUGUAACAUCAGUUGGAGUGAUUCUUCUGUGAGAGAGGAGUGUUUUGCGGUUGUCUUAUUUUCAGAGCAUCACCACAACGAUGUGGCUGUGUGAGGAGCAACACAAGGUGUGCCAACUGAUGUGUCAGAAACAAUAGUUGCGCUGAUGAUGUGACAGGAAGGGAAGGCUUGUGACAUUGAACAUCAUCGCAUAAAACACAACGCAAAAACUCUGGGAAACUUUUAGAUAGAUAACACUGACUGUUACUUUACAUCCACCACUGAUUGUAUUUAUUGUGUGUUUGUGUUUAAUCGACAACAGCUUUAAAUAUAUGUGUUCAUGCAAGUUGCUGAUAAGGUCAGAGACUUAUUUUAGGUGAAUUCUAAUGAGGUGACAUUGUACUGAAUGUACACAAAAUGAAUGUUUAUAAUCUCUUAAUGUUCAUUUUGUCGUUUUAUAUACCCAUUAUAAAUAUUUGUAUUGUGACUGACAGCAGUUUAGAAGUUGAUUCGACAGGGUUUUUUACAUUGCCAUUUUGAUGAUAGUAAGUUACUGCGUUAUUUUGACCGUUUUGAUAAGAUGCUGACAUGGAGAAAUAAAUUCCCACAGUUUAGAGUGUGCACGAGGUAGCAGUUUAAUGCUCUGAGAAGCCCUGGUUAUAGUAAAAAUAAAACAUUCAAGUUCAGGUCAAUGAAUCUUAAAAAUACACAGCAGAAGUAAUGAUGUAAGUGCAUUGAGCUACUGUACUGUAUAUUGUUUUGAUGUAUCACUAUGAAGAUGUUACUGCUUUGCACUGCUGUCAUUAAAAGAACAUUACCUUGAACAAACAAAUUCCUCCCUUCCUGAUUCCAUUUUGAAACGUGUACUACAUUUGUAUGUUAUUAACUUGCAUAACUUGCA